UAAAACCUGACCAUUAUUGAAAAGCUUUGUCCAAAAUCAUUGCCGGAAAACCAUACAACCUCAAACUUUUCCUUUCCAUGCAAAAAAUCCUGCUCACUAGGUCUUGUAAUAAAAUAUUCUUUCAGAGAAAAGCUAGCAGCUCCCAAUCCAACAAAUACCUUUACACAAAACAUUGAUGUUCUAUAUGGAGGGGGCACUGCUGAAAUCAUCUUCAGUGUUCCCUUACUUCUUUCUAGUAGCCUUUGAAGCUGGAGGGCUCUUAAGGGUAGUCAUCCUCUUCCUUUUGUACCCCAUCAUCUGUUUGGUAAGUAAAGAAUGGGGUCUAAAGAUUAUGGUUUUCGUUUGCUUUGUGGGAUUAAAAGAGGAGAGCUUCAGCAUUGGGAGAACGGUGUUGCCCAAGUUCUUGUUAGAGGAUGUUGGGAAUGAAGGGUUUGAUAUGGUAAUGAAAUGCGGUGGUACCAAAAUUGCAGUCACCGAUAUGCCUAGAGUUAUGGUGGAGUGCUUCUUGAAAGACUAUUUGAGGAUCGACAGUGUUGUAGGGCGAGAGUUGAAGGUCGUUUGUGGGUAUUUUAUUGGCUUGAUGGAGGACCAAAAUGGAAGCAAGGUUGAAGGGGAAGGGAAAAUGGACUCGUCUAUUAUUGGCAUCAAUUGCUUAAACAGCUCCCUUCAUUACGAACUCUUUUCUUGUUGCGAGGUUGUUUAUUUGGUAAGUGAAGCUGACAAGAACUGGAGUGCCCUUCCUAGGGAGAAAUAUCAAAGACCCUUGAUUUUCCAUGAUGGAAGAUUGGCUUCAAGGCCAACUCCUGUUGCUUCUUUAUUCAUGCUCAUGUGGAUGCCCUUUGGGAUUUUCCUACUCCUUGUUAGAGCAGCAUUCUUCUUCUUGUUACCAUACAAGUUGUCUAUGCAAUUCCUAUGCUUCACAGGUUUGAAAGGCACCUUAAUUGUCUCCGAUGACGGACGUAAAACCGACGAGCUAAAACGAUUAGGUGAAGAUCGUGGUGUGCUCUUUGUAUGCAAUCAUAGAACUUUGCUCGACCCAAUCUACCUUUCAAUGGCUCUAGCUCAAGUCCGAUCUCCUAGUCAGAGACUCGUCACAGUCACAUACAAUUUAAGUUGGGUAUCAGAGUUGAUUUCACCAAUCAAGACGAUUCGAUUAACAAGAAACAGGGAGAAAGACUCAAAGAUGAUGGAAAAGCAAUUGAAACAAGGUGAUCUAGUUAUUUGUCCAAAAGGAACCACUUGGAGGGAGCCGUAUUUGUUGAGAUUCAGUCCAUUAUUUGCCGAGAUAACCGACGACAUAGUCCCGAUCGCCAUUGAUUUCCAUGUGAGCAUGUUCUAUGGAACAACAGCUAGUGGGUAUAAAUUCUUAGACCCAGCUUUCUUGCUCAUGAAUCCAACAACUCAUUGUUCUGCUACAAUUCUUGAGAAACUACCAAAAUCAUUUACAUGUCAAGGAGGGAAAUCAAAGUUGGAGGUAGCCAAUCACGUGCAAGCACUGAUCGGCAAAGCCUUAAACUUUGAAUGUACAUCCUUAACAAGAAAGGAUAAGUACAUGACAUUGGCGGGCAACGAAGGAAUUGUGUAGCUCUUUGUAUAUGUUAUAAUCAUGCCAUCAAUACCAGCAGAAAUUCAAACAGAAAACAGAACUUCUAAUAUUGUUAUAGGAAGAGACAUGAUGGGCAUUUGGGUAGUUGAAAAUUAAUGAUAUUUGAUGAUCUGUAAUUCGGUUUUUGUUUCUAUUACGGAAAUGUUGUGAUAAUAUCAAAA